GUAGAAAGAGAGGUAGAAUGGCAACACGCAUCGAUAUUUCCUCGCUGUCGUCAGUAGACAAAAAGGAGGUUUUACAGCAUUGAAACAGGUGAAUUUCCAAGGGAGUUGUGACAACCAAGUCCUAAAGAGUGUUCUUCUGUGACAAGUGAGUCCCCAACCCUUGAGACUGGAGGUCAGAGAGCUCGUACCCUGGCCUUCUCCCCCAGGGUCCUUCCAACAAGGUGGGAAGGGGGGUCAGCCGAGUGGAACACAUGGAGGUCAGGUCUCUCUUGCCUUUCUCGCUAGCCAUACUGUUUUUGGUAACAGGUGCGAGUGAUGAUGAUGACAACUCACUGCACACACACCGGGUCAGUACCUCUCAAUGUGGGGAGUACAGCAAUCAAGUCUUGGAGGAUGGGAUGUGUCGAUUAAUGGCCACAUUGCCUCAAAUGGAUGACCAGCGCUGCCCGGAUAUGUUCCGCUGUACAGAUGAGGUUUCCUACUGGCUUCAUGAGAACGAAGAACGCAAACAACAGAUUCUGGCCUUGAAGGAGACAGUGUCUGAACUUCAAGAGGAGCUUCGCAACCACCGCCAUCGAGUGAAAUUGUUAGAACUACAGAGUGAAGAGAAAAACCGCAAUAAUUCGUCUCUGGAGCAGCGUUUGCACGAGUUAGAAGAGCAUUACGCUGAGGCGACAACCCUGCUGCAUAUUCAGGGCUCCUUAAUCUAUGAUCUCCAGGCUCAGAUCCAUAACCUCUCCCUGUUGGUGGAAAAAGUCAGACGUAACCCGGGCUGUAUGAUCAACAUAGUUCGCACCAGUCCCCUGCUCAGUUCACAGGAAGCCCUGCAUCCCGAGGUGCAGCAUGUCAGAAACUGUCCUAUUGACUGUGCAUCCAUCUACUACAACGGAGUGCGUCGGUCUGGGAUCUAUACCGUGGUGCCCUCACUGGGAGCCAUGCCUGUAGAAGUCUACUGUGAUAUGGAUACAGAUGGUGGCGGUUGGACUGUGAUCCAACGCAGGCAAGAUGGCUCUGUGAACUUUGACCGGAGCUGGAAGGAGUAUAAAGAGGGAUUUGGGGACCUACACACGGAAUACUGGCUGGGAAAUGAACACAUCCAUGACCUGAGCAGUCAGGGAGACUACACGCUCCGUAUCGACAUGGAGGACUGGAGUGGCAAACACAAGCAUGCUGUUUAUCAGACUUUUAGCGUGGAAGAUGAGGCCACUCAAUACCGACUGCAUGUGUCUGGGUUUAGUGGGACAGUGGAGGACUCCUUCAGCUGGUACCAUGACAAGAAGGGAUUCAGUACACCUGAUACUGGCAACAUCUGUGCUGAGAUCUCCCAUGCAGGCUGGUGGUAUAACCAGUGUUUCUACGCAAAUCUCAACGGCAUCUACUACAAGGGGGGCCGCUACUCUCUGAAGGGGAAGAACCCACUUGGCCCAGAUGGUAUUGUUUGGUACACCUGGAAAGAUUCUGAUUACUAUUCUCUGAGGAAGGUGAGCAUGAUGAUCCGACCCAGAACCUUUCGACCGCAUCUGUCACCCUGAAUCAGAGUGAACGAAUGACUAGCCAAUCAGAGUCCUCAGAGCUACAGUGAUGCAAGAUGAUUGGAUGGAUUCCUCCAUUGUAGAAUAGAGGGAAUAGUGUGUAUGGACUCAGUCCUGACUGUAUUAUUUAAUGAAACAAGGCGCCUUUGAGUGAUUUUGUUUUAUUUAUAGGUUUACACCAAAGAACAGAAAAUGACUCCUGCAAAUCUAACCACUUCAAUCCUUGAAAGCCAGUCUUUGCCAUUCAUUGAGCCUAAUUUGUAUAAGUUACAUGCCUAUAUUUUCUAUACCUAUGAUUAAUUAAGCUUUAAAAUAAACAUUUUGUUGACUUAUUCUAUAAAUGUGUAUUAAACAAUAACAUUUGAUUUAUUGGUAACACUUUACAAUAAAGAUCCAUUUGAUAACAUUA